CAACGGCGCUGAUAUUCAAACUCAUUCGGACUGUUGGGUUUCGGACGCGGUCGUUGGCUCCAGUUGGUGCUGAUUCGGUUUUGUGUUUUGUUUGCUGACACGAUCCAGCGGUGAUAGAAGAUUAUUUCGAGGACUCCUCGGGUUUAGAAGAUGGACACCCAGCAGCCUGGAGACUCUGCUGAUCCGUACUCAUUCGAUGCCCCGUCUCAUGUAAUGCACGAUUUUAGCCCUGAUUCUGAAGAUAAUGCAGAUCAGUGGUUUGAAAUAAUGGCUGCCCCAGAAAAAAAUGGGGAAAUGGAGCAACUCAUAACCCCCUUGAGGGGGCCAAAACCUUUUGAUGGAAUGCACAGUGGGGAUCUGCCUAAAGCCAUUGUCUCACCCAUGGUCCAUGUGGCUGUGACCAAGUCAGCAGAUGAUGUCCCUGAAAGGACUGCUCCAGAAUCUACAUCUAACAUUGUGACGUCAUGGGGAGACGGGAGACAGGCAGGAGCUCCUAGUCAGGCUCAGAAGAGUGUUCCAGCUCAGCCACGCAGAGUAUUGAAGCGUCCUGUGGUCAAAGACCGACCUCAAGCUCCUUCGACGCCUCCGGUGAUGAAAAAGAGAAGAGUUAUUCCAAAUCCAAGAAGAACCAUUCUCCAUCCACCGAGAAGAAGCUCAACAGGUACAAAGCAAGUUCGUCGUAGCACUGCUGCGGCCAGACGCAGCAUCAGGCUAAAGAACAAGCCGCAGAUGCCUUCAGCUGCUGUUUCUGCAGCUACUGCCUCUGCCCACCAGCAGAAGAGCACAGAGCAGCAGGAGCUGGAGCGCAUCGAGGCUCUACAGAAAGAGGUGGCGGAGCAGCGCAAGAGGAAUGAAGCCAGCUUCAGAGCUGCGCUGGCAGGAAGUCAGCCUCCUAAGAAACAAGUUCUUUCCUCCACCAUUCCCAAAGAAUUCAACUUCCGCUCCGAUAACAGACUGAAAAACCACACGGACGGUUCUGAGACUUCAUAUAAACAGUGUGACUUCACUUCACAACUGCGCAAGCACCCUUCCUCACCCUUAAAGGCUCAUAAGGGCAGCACGGUCCCCAAGCCCUUCAAUCUCUCCAGUGGCAACAAGAGGAAGCUGGAGGAAACCAGUUCCUACGUGUCCAUGGCUGAGCAGAUCGAACUGUUUCAGAAGCGCACCCCAACCCGUUAUCAUCUGCGCAGCCGGCAGAGUCAGGAAAGGGGCCCUUCACCAGUGAGGACCGAGAAGCCCAAGGUUACUCACCCUCAUACCCCUCAGCUUUUGACCCGCCAGAGGAGCCGCCCUCCUACGGUGAAGAGCACUGCUGAGCUCGAGGCAGAAGAAGCAGAAAAACUCCAGCAGUUUAAGUUCAAAGCUUUAGAGCUCAAUCGCAAAAUCCUCGAAGGGGCCAUGGCUCCAAAGAAACCUGCUCCUAAAGAAGCAACUCGUCCAGAGGGUUUCCAGCUGGAGGUGGAGAAACGUCUGCAGGACCGACAUGCCGCUAAGAAAAAGGAGGAACCGGAAGACCACACCUUCCAUUCCAAACCUUUACCAACCCGUAUCCUGGAGGAGGUUGUGGGUGUUCCAGAGAAGAAAGUCCUGAAACCUACUGUCCCUGAAUCUCCUGCUUUUGCCCUCAAGAACCGAGUGCGUGUGGAACGCAAGACCGAAGAGGUGAAGGCACCAGCUCCUCUGAAGGCACUUCCUGUACCCCACUUCGUACCCUUCCACCUCAAACCUGCAGCAAAGAACCACGUAGAAACAUGUCCUUUCUCUUUCGAGCAGCGUGAGCAAGAACGCAGGGCUCAGAAGGAAAAAAAACUGGAAGAGUUGAGAAAUGAAGAGGUGCCCAAGUUUAAAGCUAGACUUCUGCCCCACUUUGAUGAAGUGAACCUUCCAGAAAAGAAAGUAAUCGAACCUACCAAACCUGCUCCGUUUAAUCUGUUGGUGGAUGAGCGCGGAUCUGUGAAGAGCGAACGUUGGGAGCAAAUGAUGAAGGAUGAGUUGAAGCAGCAAGCAGAUGCAGCCUGUUUCAAGGCGAAGCCCAACACAGUCGUUCACAAGAAACCUUUCAUGCCCAAGAAAGAAUCUCGUUCCAUCUUGGCCGAUACUACCCAUUCUAUAGUUGCCGAAGGUUUCCAGCUUUCGACGGAGCGGCGGGCCAAAGAGCGGCUGGAGUUUGAGAGGAAUCUAAAGGAAGAGGCGGCUCUCAGGGCGCAGAUGGCGGAGCAACAAGCCAGAGAGCAAGAGGAGCGUGAGAAGGACGAAAUCGCCAGAUUACGGAGAGAGCAGGUGCAUAAAGCCCAGCCAAUCCGACAUUACAAGCCAGUUGAGCUGAAGCACAGCGAGGUGGCUCUCACUACGCCCCAGUCUCCAAACUUCUCUGACCGUUUUCGUCUAUAAAUUCGCAAAAUGAACUGUACAUAAUAUUCUCUUUUUUUAUACAUUUUUUUUAUUGCUUUCCUUUGUUUUAACAGCUUUUUAAAGUUGUGGGCUUCCUUCUUUUUCUUUUUCUUUUUUUUUUUUUUUUUAAAUCUGUUCCCUGCCCCCUGGCAGUCGAUUGUUCUACACUCAGACUUGGACGCUUGUUUACGACUGAUCUAUUAAAUUGUGAACUAUUGUACCAUAUUUUCUCAUUACUCUGUUCGUGUAACCUGAACUGUCUUAGCAUUUCCUCCUCUCUUUUUUUUGUAAUGUAUUAAAGGUGUGCUAGAACA